AUGGCUGGACAGCCUACAACGCCUCAACGACGAGGAUCAUGGACCAAGGUCGUCAUAUUUGUCUCGCUAUAUGUCUUGUUACUCGAGUCGCUCAUCGAAUGGGUGCUCGUGAUAUAUCUGUUCGUCAAUCAACAAGUCGAUUCAAAGAUGCUGCCCAGCUUGGUUCUGAUUCUUAUCGCGAGUCCAAGGAUUCCGGCGGCAAAAGAACUUCUUGCAUGGCGUGUGCACGUAUCUGCUGCGGCUGACAAUAAUCGUCUGGGUAGCAGCGAGUGUGGCGGGCUUGGUGAUCAUUUCGCAGCAGAUUUCAUGUCUUCCGGACAGUACCAACGGUGGUUUCUGGAAAACCGGUGUCAGCUGUGCGCUUCACAGAGCUGCCGUUAUCAUUUCAGUUCUAUCCUUGUGAGUGAUGGCAACUCCCCAGUUGUUAUGGGAAAGGUGUUGAUGAGAAUCUUCAGUAUUACCGUCUGCCUCUAUUUCUGCUCCCGUGAGCUUUGUCGCCGACCUUACGACGUGUCUCUGUUGGGGGUAUACUCGCAACGGCAGCCAAUCCGCAGCGACAGUGUUUAUUCCCAAACAAGCUUCGACAGAGAAAGCUGCCUGUCGAAUGACAUAUACUAUCUUUGCCGUGGCCCUGAUGUCACGUUCGGCACCCAGGGAGUAUAUAUACCGUCCAGCAACGACGACCUUAUGGAAAAAGCCUUUUCGCCAACUAUUCAACAUCCUCGACCGAUACGGCCAAAGUCUCAACUUCGGCUUGAUACAGACCAAGCAUGCGAAGCAGCAGAGAUCCUGUCAGGGACAACUCUUGCUUCCACAGGUAAAACAUCGCUCACGGAAAAAGAGGCAGUCAAGUUGACUAACUUGGCCCCAGUGUCUCGCACCCCUACUGUCGCAACGCUGAAAACUGCAAGCGAGGUUUCGUCCCAGAACCCACCCUGUGCAGAGCUGUCUGGAACUCCCGAGGUUCCUCCGAUCUCUUCUUCACUGGGACACUCGGGGCAAAAGUCGUCCAUAUCAUCUCUUUGCAGGUCCCUUCUCAAAGUCCUGCCCAUAUCAAUUCCUCUGUCGGCAGAUCCUCAGAUCCGCGCCCUAGCUGAAGCUGAUCCCCAUCGGGGUGUCGAACAGCAGGCACGGAGGGACGGUGUUACUGUAGGGCAGGAACAGACUGAGCAGUCACCAAACUCUUCACCCAGCCAGCACCCUUCCCCCUCUAUAGCUGAUGGAUCUUCUGAGAUGGAAAGCUUCAUCGCAGGAGCUCAGUUGAAAGGACCUUCACGCCCCCGGUCAAUGACAGCAAACUCCGCCGAUGCCCCCGAAGUCGUGGCACCCCCAGCCACAGUUCACAGAUCCAAUACUUCAAAUACGCUCCCUGCCUAUCAGCCCCAGCACCCUGCUUACAUGCUCAUCCCCCCAAAUCAAAUCGCCCGACGGCCGAUGGACCGACCUCCCAAACGCCGCGUUUCCCUCAUGGAACCUAACAUGGUAGCCCGUCGUCACACGCAUCGCUACAACCAAAGACAAAGACCAAGCUACCAGUUCGAUCCAAACCACAUCCCCCGCCACACGCAGAGCCAUUACCACCGCCCUCACCACCGCCCUCACCAGCAGUUCGAGCAAUGCCGUACCAGGGGCCCGGCCUGGCGCAGAAAUGACGCUGAAUUCAUCUAUCCCAGCACGAGGAGGCCUCGCAGCUCGACUUGCGGUGGGAUCGCUUCGCUGGGUUACGGACCCCUGGACAGUAUCAGGGAGACAGGUUCGUCCGUGGACGAGGCUCGAACGGCCGUGACGCUUGACGACCAGGGGGGCCGCACCAUCCUCAAUAGGAAUACGUACCGUGGUGCCAAUCGCAUCAGUAUGCAUAGAUUUAGCUAG